AUAUAAAAUCAAACUGAAAGAGGGGGAUUUAUUGUUCGAUACAUUACCCAAUGGAACAUGGAUAUUAGUAACUUGAAAGUGAUAAUAAAUUGACAUGAUUCAUGCGAGUGUGGGGUAAAUUAGUUACAUAAUAACAACUGCACUUAUAGUAUUUUUUAUUUUUAUUAUAAUGUAGUAUCUUAGUUUUUAACUCAAAACCCACAUGUUAUGAAUCAGUUCAAAAGAUUUGUAGUAUCCGUAUCAAAUUUAGCUAUGAACAGAAGGUGUACAAGUGUACAUUCGGCUGGUAUUGAACAAAUACAUGAAAUGCCUCUUAAUGAAAUCAUACGACCAAUUCCACCACAAGUGGAUGAAGGAAAAGUUAAAAGUUUAAUGGAUACUUUAUCUGAUCCAGAUCAGACAGAUUCAGUUCCACCAAUAGACGUAUUAUGGAUCGUAGGAAGAGAAGGUGGGAAUUACUUUUAUUCAUUUGGUGGAUGUCAUAGGUAUGCAGCUCACAAACGUUUAAAAAGGGAUACAGUAAAAGUAAAAUUGGUAUCUUCAACUAUUCAAGAUUUACACAACUACUUAGGAGCAUCUACACCAGAUCUAAAAUGAAAUAUUAUUUCAUUCAUAUUAAUUAAUUUGAAAUGGAUUUUAUGGGUUUCGGGAUUUCAAAAAACUU